AUGAGGGGGAAAGUGUUGUGCAUGGGGAAGACCUGGGGACCAGACGAUGUAAUUGUAAGUGUGUGCUGUUAACAUAGGCUACAGUGACGGACAUGAUCUAGUGACAAAGAACGUCUCAUUUUACAUCCGGGAAGGAUAAAAAAUGUAGCAAAAUGCCUCCUUCUCCAACUAAGAAAACUCCGUUUUGAAGGAGUUUUCCCUCACAACAAGAGCGAGCGCGCUAUUGAAAUCGGUUUUUCACUUGUAGAGGGAGAGGUAUUUUGCCACAUUUUUUGAUACACCCGGAUGCAAAAUGGUACGUUUUUUGCCAUAGGAUUAGGCCUGCAAGUGUAGAUGCUCCGGUUGCGAGGCACAGGUUUCAUUUACCGUGGGGCUACAUACAUAGCUGGCAAAAAAUUUUGGUGGAGGAGGUCGAUGUCACUAUGCAAAAUAACCUUGGUUCCCUACCACUUCUUUCUUCGACUGGUAUCCCUCCCCUUACCCUAGCUACGCCCUACAUACAAUUUUACUUUACCCUGCGCAAUCUGCGCCCAGACACUUUUGCGAACAUCGCGUGAGAGAGAGAGCGCAAAAAAGAAGGGCCUCAGGGUGCAUAAAUUUUGUUUUCGAGGGAAGAAGAAAUCACCUAGAUUUUCCAGAACAAAUGUUGCCGCAAAGGCGACUAAUCUUUGUGUAUCGAUGGAAAAUUGAUGCAGUUAAUCCUGUACUAAAAGUACUACCUAGAGAAACUAGGCGGCAACAAAGCCAAAAAAGUUUCGCUAAAGUUUCCAACGCCUACCUUUUUAGAAAGUGCAAUUAAUCGAGAAAUACGAGGGCCGCGGAAUGAUGACCAAGUACUCUAUUAUUUCAAACCAGCCCCAUUGGGACGGGAACAAUUGGUUCCGACUGAGAGGGGCCCGCAACAACGACGCCAGGGCUAUGAUCAAGGUGUAAGAGGGUUUUUUAGCAGCUAAAGCUCGUUUCUUAUAACCGCAAAAAAAUUUUAUUUCAAGCCAAAAUGUAUGUAAUGUUUAGAACCCAUCUUUGUGGAAGUCAUGGGCCAGCCCGAAAAUGUCGCGAAGCCCACAUCUACAAGACUGAAACCGAAACAGAGCUGAAUAACAAUGGAGAAGAGAGACCGUGGGAGUACUGUGCUCAAGGAAAUUAA